AUGCGUUCAAGCCACUCCACCGGAGGCGAGGAACAGCCUCUGACAAUUUCCCAAUGGCGUGAAUUACAAAAGACUGUGUCUGAGCCAACCCACAUUUUCUCGCUGCUCGAGCGAGCACAACCAAACACAUCAAAUGCAUGGAUCUCAUUGGCAACGCGCGAACAAAUCAUUGCGCAAUGGGAAAAUAUCACAACACUUCGAUCCCAGGGGAAAGAUCUCCCACUAUUCGGCGUGCCAUUCGCCGCCAAGGAUAACAUCGACGCCGCUGGGUUCUGCACAACGGCCGCAUGCCCGUCAUUUGGCACCCAGCCUGUGAACACCGAUUCAACAGUUGUGCAACGGCUGAAAUCGCAGGGAGCCAUUAUCAUUGGCAAGACCAACCUUGACCAGUUUGCCACGGGUCUUGUCGGUACGCGUUCACCGUAUGGAGCCGUUGCCAAUUCCUUCGAUUCAAAUCGAGUCAGCGGAGGUAGCAGCUCUGGGAGCAGUGUGGUCGUCGCUCAGGGACUGGUUCCGUUCUCUCUUGGCACAGAUACAGCAGGGUCAGGUCGGGUACCUGCUGGAUUCAAUAAUCUUGUUGGGCUCAAACCCACGCGGGGGGCUUUGAGUGCACAUGGCGUGGUACCAGCAUGUCGCUCACUUGACUGUGUUUCUAUCUUUGCUCUGAGUCUGGAAGAUGCCGAACUGAUCCUGGAACUGGCCGAGGGAUAUGAUGUUCAAGAUGCAUACUCGAGAGACCGUGCCGGCUGCGCGACUGACAAAUCUCCUCGAGAGACCUUGCCCUCCCAACCGAAACUGGCUAUAUGCUCCAAUCCUGAGUGGUUCGGCCAGACCGAGCAGGCUGCAGCAUACCAAGAUGCAUUGGCCAAAGCCCAACGGCUGGGGUGGAAGCUAAAGCCCGUUGAUUUUACACCCCUAUUUUCUCUUGCCAGCCUCCUAUAUGAAGGCCCAUGGGUUGCUGAGCGAUAUGCUGCUAUCGAGAAGUUCAUCCGCUCAGAACCACUCGAGGCCAUGGACCCGGUUGUUCGUGGUAUCAUCAUGAAAGCCGAGAAGUUCUCUGCUACAGAACUAUUCGCGUGCGAGUACCACCGACAAGACCUGUCCCGUGAGAUCGAGCAGAUCUUCGGGCAAUACGACGCGCUGCUGGUGCCCACUGCUCCCACAUUCCCUUCGAUGCAAGAUCUCAAGGAUGAGCCGGUCGCAGCAAACAGCCAAUUGGGUACAUAUACCAACUUCGUGAAUUUUUUGGAUUGGUCUGCUUUGGCAAUUCCUGCUGGCUGGAGAGAAGACGGUCUUCCUUUCGGUAUCACACUGAUAGGUGGAGUGUGGGAAGAGCCGCGAUUGCUGGAGCUUGCCCGGCGCUGGAUGUCUGAUGCCCCGCGCUUGCUGGGAGCGACGGGUGUGGAAUAUCAAGAACGUUGCUCUGAGCCUACUGCCACCUUCAACUCGAUGCAGUUGGCGGUAGUUGGUGCCCAUCUUUCUGGCUUCCCUCUGAACAAGGAUUUGGUCUCACGAGGCGCAACCUUGGUCACUGCUACAACAACGGCCCCGUGCUAUCAGCUAUUUGCACUGCAUACAAUAGGACCAGUAUCAAAACCUGCGCUAAAAAGGGUCGUUGAUGGUGGAAAAUCCAUCGAAGUGGAGGUUUGGAACAUGCCGCUCGAUAAGAUGGGAAGCUUCCUCGGUACUAUUGCAGCGCCCUUAGGCAUCGGAUCAGUUGAGUUGCAAGAUGGCCGGUGGGUUAACGGGUUCAUCUGCGAGCCUGUUGGCCUCGAGAAUGCAAAAGACGUAACCAGUUUUGGCGGAUGGCGAAGCUACAGCCAGUCACUCGACACUUCCACCGCCGAGUCGUCGAGCGCUGCAUCUACUACGCCUGUAACCAGCAUCGGCGAGAAGCGUAUCAGCACGGUUCUCGUUGCCAAUCGUGGUGAAAUUGCGCUGCGUAUCAUUCGGACCCUACGAGAGAUGAAGAUCGCUUCCGUGGCUGUCUAUUCAAGUGCCGAUGCUCGCGCACCACACGUUACCGCUGCAGAUGUUGCACUUCCCCUGGUCGGUAACACAGUAUCCGACACCUACCUGAACAGCAAGCAGAUCUUGGCUAUGGCUUUCAAAGCUAAUGCUGAUGCCGUCAUUCCUGGAUAUGGCUUUCUUUCGGAGAAUGCCGACUUUGCCGCCACCGUCGAGGCUGCAGGUCUGGUAUGGAUUGGUCCAACUCCGGAGCAAAUGCAUGAUUUGGGCUUGAAGCACCUUGCUCGUGAUAUCGCAAUUACCGCCGGCAUUCCUGUUGUUCCCGGAAGCAAGGGUUUAGUCAGCAGUCUUGACGAUGCACUUGCAGAAGCAGAGAAGAUCGGCUAUCCAGUGAUGGUAAAAAGCACCGCUGGUGGAGGCGGAAUCGGCCUUCAGCGGUGCGCCGAUGUUGAUGCACUUCGAGAGGCAUUUGAUGGUGUCCGUCGACUGGGACAGGCAAACUUUGGCGAUGAUGGGGUUUUCAUCGAGCACUUCAUCGAUCGGGCACGACAUAUUGAGGUCCAAGUGCUCGGUGAUGGCGCUGGUCGGGUCAUAUGUGCUGGUGAGCGCGACUGUUCGCUGCAGCGUCGGAACCAGAAGGUUAUCGAAGAGUCCCCUGCUGGGUUUGUCCCAGUCAAAGUCCGAGCUGACAUGCGCCGUGCUGCUGCUGCUUUGGCUGCUUCCUUGCAAUACCGCAAUGUUGGAACCGUUGAAUUCAUCCUCGACAUCGAUAGCAAGAAAUUCUACUUUCUGGAGAUGAACACACGUCUCCAGGUCGAGCACCCAGUGACUGAGGCCGUAACAGGCCUUGAUCUUGUCGAAUGUAUGAUGCGCAUUGCCAUGAAUGAUUGCACCACUCUUUUUCCUCAACAGAUAAAUGAGAUUCCGGUCUCCGGUGCAGCGAUCGAAGCUCGUGUUUAUGCCGAAAGCCCCAUUCAAGGAUUUCGACCUUCUCCUGGAAAGCUCCUAAAUGUCGAGUUUCCAUCCGGUGUCCGCGUUGACACCUGGGUCAGUUCAGGCCAGGAGCUAUCGUCAUCAUUUGAUCCAAUGGUUGCAAAGAUCAUCGCACACGGCGAUGACCGUCCUGCAGCUCUUCGAAAGCUCUCAGAAGCUCUGGAAAACACAAUAAUUACUGGCGUGGAAACCAACCUGGGAUAUCUGCAGCAAAUUGUAGCUUGGGAGUCAUUUAAUGCCGGUGCCUUCACGACAGCAUCACUCAAUACUUUCCCAUACGAACCUCACGUCGUCGAAGUCAUUGAUCCUGGGUCCGAUACGGCUGUACAGGACUUCCCUGGCCGUCAAGGUCUCUGGCAUAUCGGCGUGCCACCAUCUGGCCCAAUGGAUUCCUACUCGUUUCGUCUCGCCAACAAAAUAGUCGGCAAUGAUGACCGUGCUGCGGGACUCGAGUGCUCAAUUCAAGGCCCGACUCUGCUCUUCCACUCCCCAACCACCGUUGCGGUCGUUGGUGCUAACGCGCCUGUAUCUGUCGACGGGGAAGAAAGGAAACCUGGCACGACCAUCAGGAUUCAAGGUGGACAGAAGCUUCGCAUCGGCACAGCUACCAGUGGUUCCCGAGUUUAUCUUGCUGUUCGAGGCGGUGUUCAGGUUCCUGAAGUCCUAAACAGCCGGUCAACAUUUGCAAUCGGUCAUCUCGGAGGACACAAUGGACGCAGCCUUCGCAUUGGUGAUCUUCUCCCAUUAGCACAAGUCAUGGAAGGGGAACUUCCAUUGCCCAAAGCCCCAAUCGUGUCCCUGCCGCCAGUUGAGAACCGAGAAUGGGUCGUUGGUGCAAUCCCUGGGCCACACGGUAGUCCAACUCAUUUCACACAGGAUGGGCUUCAAGAGCUGUUCAAUGGUAAAUGGACUGUUCACUACAACAGCAAUCGGCUCGGAGUCCGUCUCACCGGGCCCCGUCCAGAGUGGGCACGGCAAACUGGUGGUGAUGCUGGCCUGCAUCCCUCUAACAUCCACGACAGUCCUUAUUCAAUCGGAAAUGUGAGCUUCACGGGCGACGAGGCAGUUGUCUUGACAGCAGAUGGGCCAAGCCUGGGCGGGUUCGUUGCAUUUGCCACGGUCGCUGAAGCUGAGAUGUGGAAGUUUGGCCAGAUGCGACCAGGCGAUCACCUUCGGUUCCACCCUAUUUCCCUUGGUGAUGCGCAGGCGCUUGCGAGGGUUCUCGAGCAUUCGAUCGCUACUCUCAGCCCACUCACUGAUGUAGACUUGAGACAGACAAGUCCUGUUGCUGUUUCCAGUCCGAUCGUGAAGGAGAUCUCCGAGGCUGGCCGCUUUAUUCGAUGCUGCCAGGCAGGUGAUCGAGCCUUGCUGCUCGACUUCGGUAAUGACAAUGGCUUCACGCUACGGCAAACAUUUCACAUCAUGAACUUCAUUGAGAUGCACCGAGCUUCUCCAAUUCCAGGCGUUGAGGAGCUCACAUCAGGGGUCCGAAGCCUCCAUAUUCGCGUGAAAGCGAACUUCUCACUGCCUCAAGUAAUUGAUGCGCUGGUCGCGCAUGAGAUUUCUCUUGGAACGGAGCUUCCCUCCCGACUAGCCUCGCGCGUCGUGCAUAUGCCUCUUGUUUUCAACGAUGAGAGGAGCCGCAAAGCGAUUGCCCGCUAUACUUCGACUAUUCGUUCCUCGGCACCGUAUCUACCCAGCAACAUUGAGUUCUUGCAGAGGCUGAACGGACUUGACAGCCCCAAUCCGGUGGAAACUAAUAUCUAUGAAGGCGCGUUCCUUGUAUUGGGACUUGGUGAUGUGUACCAAGGGUCUCCCUGUGCUGUGCCACUGGAUCCCCGCCACCGACUCUUCGGAACGAAGUACAACCCAUCCCGUUCCUUCACCCCUCGUGGCGCUGUGGGUAUUGCUGGUCAAUACCUAUGCAUCUAUGCAACAGACUCGCCUGGGGGGUAUCAGCUCGUCGGUCGUACAGUACCUAUCUGGGAUGAUUUCCACAAGCCCAGAUUGGGCGAGAAGGCACCGUGGACGUUUUCACUCUUGGACCAGAUUCGUUUCUACCCUGUCACUGAAGAAGCACUUUCCGCAGCGGAAGCUGAUGGAACCUCCAGUGAUCUCAUCAAAAUCUCUAACGCUGAGCUAGACCUCAAUGAAUAUGAGAAAUGGCUGGGAGAGCACGCGGAGGAUAUCACUACUGUUCGGGACCAGCGAUCUAAGGCAGUACAUGAAGCGGACUUCUUCGAUGAUCUGCUCCAACCAUACGAUCCGAUCACGAUGCGGCCAGGUCGGAGACAGGAAAGCGACGACUCAAUGACUGGAGAGCGGGUGAAAGCACUUUUGCCUGGCAGAUGUUUCAGUUGCGCUGUCGAAGAGGGAGACCAGAUUCGGGCAGGGGAUCCUCUGAUUUGGAUCGAGUCCAACAAAAUGGAGGUCAAGAUUUGUGCACCAGUCAGUGGGAAAUGUGUGAAACUGCUGGCCGCAGAGGGAGAUAUCCUUGGGCCCAGUGAUAUUGUUGCUAUCAUUCAAUAG